AUGCUGCCUAACCCUCUCGUCCCCCUCGUCCCUCUCGCCCGGCGAAGGCGAGAACAGAACGGUCACGGCCGAGGCGGUGACCAAGCCCGUCGCUUCACCCAUCCGAUGAAGCGAUCUGAUCACCUCCUCGACCCGUACGAGGAGAGGAGGUCCAGAAACUCGGCUGCCUUCUGCCGAGUUCUGGCCCUCCGCCAGGCUGGAUGCAUCGGCAGACGCAGAGCCAAGGUCAGCAUGUCCAUGCUGCCAUCUCCAGCCUGGAGCGCCGCCAUUUCCGGCUGUCGACUGCAUACCUACGGACAGGGAACAGUCGCGUUGGGUUGCGUCGCUUUCCAUCCGUUCCCCAUCCCUGCCGAUGCCGCUUCACCACCAACCUGA